AUGGUGAAAGGGGACCUGGCAGAGGAGGCGGGUGGGGAGGCGGAAGAGGAGGCGGGUGGGGAGGCGGAAGAGGAGGUGGAUGGGGAGGAGGUAGAGGAGGCGGAUGGGGAGGAGGCAGAGGAGGUGGAUGGGGAGGAGGCAGAGGGGGCGGGUGGGGGCAUGGCAGAGGAGGCGGGUGGGAGUGAGCGGCGUGGAGGUAACAUAGGUGAAGAUGGUAUGGUCUCGAUUGAACUAGGAAUAUCAUGA